AGGGAAAACAAAGCGACCGUUUUUACUCAUCACUUUCUUUAAUUAUCGCCGCCUGCAAAAUUGAUCGGUUAAAUAUUUCCCGACGUUUCUAGAAGGUUCGGAAGUCAUGCUCUGCCUCUCGAAGCGCACCGUCUCUUCUCUUCUCCGAUCCAGUUCCCACCUCCGCGGCGAUGCUACGGCGGCCGUCUCCUGUUCUUCUCCCUUCUCCGACUCGGUCGGUGGGAACAAGAACUUGUAUUCUCGAGCAGGAAAUGCUAUCUUGUGGAGAAGUACUAGUCUUCAGGGAAGCUUUGUUGAACGAGAGCAAGUCUCGUUUUCGUUUUUGCGAUUUUUCAGCGAUGGCGGUGGUGAUACUUCCCCUCAUUUGGAUCGGGAUUUUUUGGCUCAGCUAUGGGUUUCUGAUAUGAAAAAGCUAAAGGCCAUGGAAAAGCGAAACCGGAAAGCUCAUAAGCAUAGAAAUUAUCAUGAGAAUGCAUUUGGUGAGCAAUCUUCUUUAGCACAGUCUGAUGAAAAACAUUAUGAUCAAGCUAAGCCUACACCGCAGCAACCACCGGUUAGCCAGUCUAUGUCUGGUCUUCUGAAGCCUACAAGUUCUGAUGAGGCCAAAAUUGCAACUCUACUUGCUCGGUCUAAUUUGCUGGUUACAAGGGACAUUGAAUGGGCAAAUCUGGUUCUUGGUUUUGAACAGGAAAAUCGCUAUGCUGUAGUUGAUGUUUGCUACCCUGAGGCGCCUGUGGGGUCUAUCCGGGAGCAAAGCCAUGUAAUUGCGCGGCAGCUGCUUCGUACCAGGCGGCCUUUUGUUGCUUCCAUAACUGAUCCUUUGGGUAAUGAGCUUUUCCGGGUUCGUAGACCUUUCUGGUGGAUCACAAGUUCAAUAUAUGCUGAGAUUGAUGGAAAGGAAAUUGGUGUAGUUCACCGCCGAUGGCAUCUAUGGAGAAGAAUUUAUGAUUUAUACCUGGGGAACGACCAAUUUGCAGUGGUGGAAAAUCCUGGGUUUUGGAAUUGGACAUUUACAAUUAAGGGUGCUGAUGGUGAAGUGUUAGCCCAAAUAGAUCGUGACUGGAGAGGUUUUGGCUUUGAGAUAUUAACAGAUGCUGGACAAUAUGCGAUCCGAUUUGGAAAAUCUGAUGAUGCAUCCAAAACCGGCCCUGCUACAGCGAUAGAAGAGUUGGAAGUGAAACGGCCACUGACUUUGUCGGAAAGAGCUGUUGCCGUUGCACUCGCUAUCUCACUAGAUAAUGAUUACUUUUCAAGACAUGGUGGCUGGGGAAUCCCUUUCAUGGCGGUGGGCGAGUAGGUAGAUGUCAGUCUUUCACAAUCUCUUUUUUCCGAAAAUUUGAGCGUUGUGUUGUGUUUCUAGAAUCUCUCGUUUCAACUCUUAUGAACUCCAGCGUAAAUGUAACUUCGAAUAAUCUGAAUAUAACUCGGUUUCUCAUAUAAUGAUGAUUACUUGGAAGGGUAUGUAUAAUAUACAUGUCUCUGGAUAAA